AAUAAGUUAAAGUUAGAAGCUCGUGUAAACAUAUUAAUUAUUUGAGCUGCGCACCGAACAUUUAGCACAAUGGUCACCAGGAAAUGAUAUUGUUUCGAAAGCGAUAGGAGCUUCUAGUUACUGCACGGGAUGUGCAAACAAGUUGUCUCAUAAAAAAUAUCAAAGCAACAUUGUUAAUAAUUGCUCAAAGAUUUUCUCAUGGGCUAUUUGACACUAGAAUUACAAAUAAGUUGAUAUGGCGGUAUCAGAUAUGAAAUCCAUUCUGUUUGCAUUUGUAAUUAUUAUGUUUGCAUUUUCAGAAAGAAAAUCGCAAUUCUUACAAGACAAGUCGUUUCUUGAAGAAAAUAUUUUAAAUUUUUUCUUCCCUAAAGACCCUGGUUUAAUAAAAGUAAGAAAAAUUAAUAAAAUUGAAGGAGUGACUGACAUAAGAAUAUUGGAUUUUAUUGGUUUAGUAGAACAGUAUGGUUAUCCCGCUGAAGAGCAUAAUGUCACAACAGAAGAUGGUUAUAAUUUAAAAAUACACAGAAUAUCAGGAAGUCUAUCGGAUAAUGAAAGGAAAAAGGAAAUUGUGUUCAUGCAACAUGGUUUUUUGGCUUCAUCUCAUUGUUGGAUACUACAGGGUCCUGAUAAAGAUCUUGCAUUUUUACUAGCAGAUCAAGGAUAUGAUAUAUGGAUUGGAAAUAUGAGAGGAAACACAUAUUGUAGAUCGCAUGUGAAUAUGACGACAUAUGAACGCAAAUUUUGGCAAUACAGUUUUCACGAAGUAGGAACGCGAGAUCUGCCGGCGAUGUUCAAUUACAUUUUUAAUUAUACAAAACAAAAAGAUUUAUAUUAUAUCGGUCAUUCUAUGGGAACGACUUCAUUAUUCACUCUUUUGUCAAUGAAACCGGAAUACAAUACAAAAAUAAAAAUGGCUAUUUGUCUGGCUCCAGUUGUUGUUAAUAUUAAAGAAACUUCUACGUUUAAUGUUUUUAAUCUUUCUCCAGUAAUAAAGGAAGUUUUAGAAAAGCGGGAAAUAUAUGAUUUGUUCCCACAAUCUUUAGCCACUGUUACGAUAGCAAGAACGUUAUGUAAUUAUAAUGCGAUGACUCAGUUUAUUUGCAUUACUAUACUAUUUUUACUGUUCGGUUCUGAUCCAGCGCAACUUAAUACCAUACUCCUACCAAAGAUAUUUGCUCAUUUUCCAGCUGGUGGUUCUCUACACACAUUUGAUCAUUAUUAUCAAAAUUUUCAUGCAGGUGAUUUUCGAAGCUAUGAUUACGGAAUAACUGAAAAUUAUGAACGAUAUAAACAGAAAAUACCUCCAAGUUACGAUGUCGAAAAGAUUACAGCUCCGAUAAUUUUAUUUUAUGCUGCUAAUGAUGUACUUGCUACGGAAAAGAAUACGUUGGAACUUAGUAAACGACUGCCAAACGUUUUACUAAUUGAGAAAGUCCCAUAUAAAUUUUUUAAUCAUAUAGAUUUCCUUUGGGCAAUUGAUGCAAAAACUCUUUUAUAUGACCAUAUAUUAGAAUUGAUACGAAAGUUUAAUGCUAAACAAAAUAUACGAAAUAAAUCUACUCAAUGAAUAGAAAAUCCUAAGAUCUUCACGUUUUGAAAUUACUUAAAGUAGUAAAAAAAUGUUCAUGCAAAUAAUGCAUUGACGUAACUUCGAUUGAUUUUGACAUCUUUAUAUCUUUAUAUAUAUUAAAUGCAUUAUUACAAAUA